AUGCUGCCUGGAUUACGUUUUUGUCAGGCCCUUUGGGCAUUGUCGUUCUUGGGGGAAGUGCAUUCUACUGAACUGCCUGUCCCGCGACGUGGCUUCAUUGGUCGUCUACACACUCACGCGUCGACGUUACAAUCCUCUUACGACUAUGUAAUAGUUGGAGCAGGCACGUCUGGGUUAACGGUGGCCGAUCGUCUGUCAGAAGAUGGGACAUCAACGGUUCUAGUUAUUGAAAAUGGCAAAGUCGUCGACUCCACUAGGAUCAGCCAGGUCUACUCGGGCGUCGCAGCUGUCGGACCAACGUGGUCGUAUUUGAUCAACUCGGUUCGUCAGCCGAAUCUAAACAACAGAUCAGCAACUGUCACGAUUGGGAAAUUGGUCGGCGGAAGCUCCGCAAUCAAUGCGAUGAUGACUAUUCGGGCAACAUCUGACGAUUAUGACCGAUGGGGUAGUUUUUUCGGUAAAGGUUCGUCUUGGUCGUGGGAUGGUUUGCUGCCAUAUUUCAAGAAGGCCGUCGCUUUCUCCCCGCCUCUCGAUGAAGUUGCCAAGUCUGUCAACAUCACAUGGGAUGCGUCUUACUGGGGUAACACUUCAACGGUUCAUACAUCGUGGCCACGUUUUCAAUACCCCGCUGUAGAGACACACUUCGAAGCGUUCCGGGACAUACCGGGGGUUGAAUUCCCACCAGACAGUGGCUCGGGAAAGGCCGGUGUAUACUGGUUCCCAACAUUCAUGGACCCAGAGAAAGUUGAAAGAUCAUACGCCAGAACUGCGCAUUUCGAUAGCCUUAACAGGACCAAUCUCGACGUCAUUACCGAUUCCAAAGUUACGAGGAUCCUCUUAGAGGAUGGAAGAGCCACUGGCGUCUUUUUCGAACAAAAGACAGCAAAUGGCACCGACACUGUUCUCUUCAAAGUAAAAAAGGAGGUCAUCGUAGCAGCUGGUGCCAUUCAUUCGCCGCAAUUACUUCAGCAAAGUGGGAUUGGCCCCAGGACGCUUCUGGAGUCUGCGGGUAUAGACACCAUUGUCGACCUUCCCGGGGUCGGGCAGAAUUUCCAAGACCACCCUAUGGUCUUUACGAGCAUUGCUAUGCAAAAUUUCAGUGUUCAUCCCAACCCAACAGACAUGUACUUGAAUCGGAAUUUUUCCACAUGGGCCCAAGAGGUCUGGAGAACCAACAAGACCGGCCCGUACUCCUUGGGCGUCGGAAAUGCUGCCGCUUGGCUGGGCAUGCCAGUGAUCGCCCCUGACACCUUCGAGAGCAUCGCGUCGAAGCUCGAAGAACUAGACUACGCCCCAUUAUUGCCCAGCGACACACAUCCGACCGUACUUGAGGGAUACAAAGCCCAGAUGAAAUCCAUGGCAUCAGCAAUCCGCUCCCCGAACACGGCGUUCUACAACCACGUGCUAACAGGCGGCGCAACAUCGGGCACAAUCGUAGACCUGCACCCACUAAGCCGCGGCACGGUAAACAUCAACGUCAAAGACCCAUUCAACAGCGAACCAAUCGUAGACUACCGCGCACUGACGAACCCGAUAGAUCUAGACAUCAUGCUCGAGAUCAUCCGCUUCACGAAGCGGUACUACUUCGAGACGCGUCUGCGCAAGUUCGGGCCGCUGCAAAUACAACCUCCCGCGUCCGUGACGGAGCCAGAGGACCUGAAGAAAUUCCUGCGUCAGAAUGUCAAUCCUUCGUAUUUCCACCCCGUCGGGACCUGCGCCAUGAUGCCGCGGGAGCUGGGCGGUGUUGUGGACGAGGAGCUCAAGGUCUAUGGGGUGGAGGGGCUGCGUGUUGUUGAUGCGAGCGUCGAGCCGGUUUUGGUGGGUGCUAAUACGUGUCAGACUACGUAUGCUGUUGCUGAGAAGGCAGCGGAUUUGAUCAAAGCCGAGGCGCGGGCUGCUGGACUGUGA